AUGAAGCUUCCGGCUCCAGCCUCCACCUGUAAGACGAGCAACCAGGAAGAGGUCAAUACCAAACGGUGGCUAUGUGGAAUCAGUCUAUGGUGGGCGCUUGCCAACGGCACUGAGGUGAUGCACGUUGGUGUCGGACUCACCAGACGUGUGCAGGCUGUAGCGGAUCAACUCAAUCAAUGUGCCGCACUCAGCACCUCAUGUGUGUGUCUGAGCUUCUUAGACAGGCUUAAGCAGCUUCUCGGGCUCUAUCACCUUGUAGCUACUAGUCAUCUUCUGCAUCUCAUUGAUCAAAUCUUUAUGCUCUUCCGCGAGGCCAGCCAAAGCUCUAUUUUCCAGUCUAACGCCCUUGCUCCAAACGACUCCCUGGUUGGUAACUCUUGUGCCAGCUUCCGGAAUAACAUGCGGCUCAUUGAAAGUACUCAUGUAGUACUGUCUACCAACCUUGCACUUGCCGUAUCGCUCACUGCUUUGUCAGUAUAUAUCGUCGGAAUCGAUAUGAAGUUAAGGGAGAGCCUCAGAUCUCGAUCAUACACGCUUGCUAGUGACAAUGAUGCAGUCUACAAGUUCGAGGUUCUAUGGUGUAAGCUAGGCCCAGUCGCAGCCAGUUCUUCCUCGUGGUCUAAUGCCGUUAUCAAGAGUUCUACAGCUAAGAGUGCUUCGUCUCACCUGGUCGAAAAUGCCCUCCCCAUGGCAAUGGAACCCGAAUACGACCAUGACGAAGCAAUAGGAAGCAUGCGGUCCACAACGCUCGUAUGGCAGGAGUCCGGAACAGUGACCAAGCAGCCUCGAACCGCCGACACCCAACUCGCUCCACCAACAGUCCAUAUCACCCCAGUCGCGGCUCGUACAGGCAGUCUAGCUAUUUUAACGCAAUUCGAAGACGCCGUGAAGCACUUUCACGCUCUCCACCGGCAGACCGACGCAUUGCCAGACAAGAAGACAAUCAAGAAAGGCCAAGAUCUCCACCGAAUGAUCGUAGGGUCCCGAGGGACGAGCUUCUAA